CGUCUGUAGAGUAGGCUCCCCUUAAGAAAAUGGCGGGUGUUCCGAGAAUCUGGAAUAAGUGAUUUCAAGUAACAUCAGCGUGUUGCUCAUACAUUUUUAUGUAUUGACAGUGCUCAUGGUCAAAGCAAAGGGGAUACAGAACCAUUUUCGAGCAUUGGUGUGUAAUGCAGUCGGGCAUCACUGGACUUGCUCUCACACACUCGCAAUGACACAGACAGAUUUUCACGUGGCCGACGCGAGCAACAAAGCCAAUCACUCCUCAGUGGACACAAAACACUCACACAAAGGGACAGUACAACACAAACAAGAGAUGGCAGAGGAGAAGAACAGAGAGCAUUUGAAGCAUGUGAUUUUGCAGUUGCUGAAUGAGGCAGGUGGAUCCUUUCCAAAACAUGAGCUGUGGAACCGAGUCUGGUUUAUCUAUGGUAAGGGGAGAAGACCCAGCAAACAAGAAUUUGGCUUUGAAAGGAUGGAAGAGAUUUUUGAUUACAUGAGGGAUGUGAUCCACAUAGACACCUCAGGAGAUAAGCCCUUGGUCAUUUUAAACACUGCUGGUUAUCACAGAAGCAUGCUUAGGGACAGAAGUGAUGAGAAACAAAGCCGAGGCACUGGUGAGAGUGACUCUGAGGACUGGGCACCAGGAAGACAGUCAUCUGUGACCACUGCACCACUUGGUGGAAAACACAGCGACAGCAGCUCAAAGAUAGGGACUGCACAUCUGACACAGGAACAAAAGCAACAGCUGGCAGAGCUGCGAGACUGUUGCGUGGAAGUGUUAAAGCAGUUGGGCUCUGUAAAGAAAUCUAAAAUCGGCCUUCAUUUAAAUAAGACAUACAGACGGCCUUUCUGUCUGAAAGACUUGGGCAUUAAGCGUCUAGAUGUUGUCUUUGAUUUGUUUGAUGACUUUAUUGUCAAAGGUGAAACUGUGACAUUAAAUUCAAAACAUACUUUAGGCACUGAGCUACUCAAGCACCGUGGAAGAUUUACCUCAACAGAAUACCAAACAACAGCUCAAAGCCCCAUAAGCUUGUCUACCAGCAACUCCGACACUGACUCAGACUCUAACUCUGAUGAUGUUAAGAUAACACGUGUGGUGAAACCAAGUUACAUGCAAAGUGAUGCCAACCCUUCUCACCAAACAGUGCUUACUGUAUCUCAGCACCAAAGUCCUGUCAAAGUAAGUUCGUUGACAGAUUCUUCAGGUUUUCUGUCCCUGGAUGUACCAAACAGUGAACAAAACCUGAGAAUUCAGCAGACCAUGGUUUUCGCCAAUAAGAAGCAGGAGGAAAAACAGCUACCGCCUGCAUGGCAACAUCUGUUAAAUUACCAACCGCUUCAUAUGCAGCAACUACAGCAGCAGCAGCAGUCUGGGUUUGCUUCCACAUACCGAUUCGCCACAGGUGCAAAUCACCCGAUAGCAGCUGCAUCACACAGUCCUCAGCUGCAAACCAGUAUUCCUCUUCCACUUGUGCCACUUGUGCCAGUUCAGAGAUUACCAGUGUUGACACCUAGUGGACUACUGCAGCCAGGGAUUCAGAGUGUCUUUUUCCUGAAUCAAAGAUGUGGAAUUGCUGAUAAGGAUGCUAACCAACAAGACACCCCAUCACUCCAGCCCCAACCCCAGCCCCAGCAUGGUUCACAGGAUCAGGCUCGAAACAAUCAGAGCCAUGCUCAAUCUGAUGACACACCUAUGUCAAGUCAUCUGCAAUCAAGGGAGAGUAUUCCACCCAGUGCUCCAGACAAACCCAGCCUGCCACCUCAUCCCUUACCUCCACAAGAACCCACAUGGCCUCCCUCAUCAUCCAGACUGGGCACACCACCUGGUGUCCCUAGGGAGAGGAAAAAUGUUUCAUGGAGACCUGUAUCCUACACUCGUGGACGUGUCACAAAAGCACAGUUGGAGGGAGUUGCUCAGGAUUGUAUUGACAUUUUGGCAGAAACAGGUGAUUUUGUCUCCCCUGAUCGUGUUUUUCGAUUACUGCUGGAUCGAUUCCAAGUACGUAAUCUUCGAGAUCUUCAGGUGCCAGGCAUUCAGUUUCCCUACCAAAUCGAGUGUAUCAACCAGCAUGAGCGAAUGCUGUGCAAGGUGAAUGCAAGCAUUGAAGCAUUUAGCAAGUCCCGAUCUCUGUGUACCCUGUUUGAGCUUGGUGAGAGUCUAGAAGAUUUUGUGCUGGACAAAGGAAAGUUUGAGACCCUGAAGUUAGGACCCCUUCAAUGCUUGCCAGAGGUGUACAGAAUGUUCAAAUUUCCCCCAGAUGAAAAUAUACCUGAGAUUACAAGUGCUGAUGUGCUUGAGGUCUUGUCAGAUUAUCUGACACAGAAGAAUAAAUGGACAAAUAAACUGGAAAUGGAGGAUGUGAUGAUGCACUUCAUGAAGCAUUACAAUGUCUCCUCAGCUUACUCUCUUGGUAUCAGAAUCCGCAGCCUUCCAUUGGUGACACAAGUUUUAAAAAAGUCACAUCGAGAUUCUGCUGCCACUCGUCGCUUGGUUGUGCAGCGUUUCAAAGACCUUGUUGAAAAGGAAGUGGCUGAGGCAUUUAGGAAGGUUAAGGCCACCAUUCUGCAGGAGACCUCAGAAGGCAGUGUAGAAAUACGGAAGCACUAUGCUCGUAUACCUGCAGAAGCAGUCAUUGUUGAACUGAUGCAGAAAUUUCGUCUUCUGAUGUCAUUGUUUACACCUGAUAGUCGUGCUGAGCGCAAGCACCAUGACCAGUUGACUGCAGCUGUCACCCAGUUUCUCAAUAUGUUGACUGGGGAACCCCUAGGCCGGAUGCUGCUUCAUCUCGCAGUUUGUAUUGGCGUUCUGGACCUCCAAGAGUCUGCUAUGGAACUUCUGGCUGGACCAGGUCACAGUGCAAAAGGCACAGAAGAUCAAAACAACACAGAGCAGCCCAAGCCCCGGCAACCGCCAUCUAAAGAAGCCUUAAUGGGCAAGCUCAGGAUUUAUGUCGAGAGAUGUCUGGCACAAGGGCCACUCUCUCUGUCCCACUUGGAUCGAAUUGAAGAGAAACUUCUGGAAGACUUUGGAUUCCCAACUUUUGUGGCCAUGGGCUUUGGGAGAUUCUUAAAUUUUUUUGUGCAGGAUCCAGCACCAAGAGCACUUCUGGAGGAAUGUGGAGGGAUAGCUUUGGGCACUACAUCAAGUAGUCACAGUUCUGACUCUGGAUUAGUUCCUCACCUGAUAGAAGUGUUGGAGUUCAUUCGACAGUGCCAGGCAGCAGGCAUGACACAGGAAGAGGAGGUGGAAAGGGCAAUGUGUCACCAGUUUCAAGUGAGAGAGACACGGCAACUGGGGUAUGGCAAUAUCACACGUCUUACAGCAUCCGCAGAGAAACCUGGCAAACAUCAUAGCAAAGGCUACCAUGUGCUUUUCGAAGCUGCCUUGUGUGGCAAAUCCAGUGGGUCAGUCUGUGGCAAGCGGGAGGUGGGAAUUCUUGGAAGUCAGACCAAGGAAGCUGCUCUGGCAUGCCUGCAAAGUUGUCCACUCCUUGAAGAUUUGGAAAAUUGGAGCCACUGGUCACUGGUAUUUGAGCCCCAGCAUGGCCGUUUGCGAGAUUUUCUACAGAAAUAUGGUGGCAUACAUACAUUACACCUAGAAGGUGGACAGAAGAUAGUCACCACGGACAUAGUUGCCUUGGAAACAAGACAAGGAUGCUUGCUCCGCCUGGUCACCAACACAUCACCAACACUUUACCAGGAGUCAGUCAGCCAGCAAGACGCCAGAGCAGCCUGUGGUCACCUGGCCUCCCUUCUUAUGGCCAACCGAGGCACACAACACCUGCCGCUCACGCUACUAGCAAACCACACACGCGCUGCGCUGUAUGCCAUGCAUGCAAAUGCCAGCACUUCCGCAGUCCCAGGGGGACCACACCAAGGACCUGCACAUGAUGACCCUGCUGUGCAAUUUGUCCUGGCUUGUCUGCUCCUGCUGCCCUUGCGCCUGUGCGCUGCUGUUGCUGAUCAGUUGUUCCUGGAGCCCCUGGGUCAGGUAGUGGGUUCAAGCCGCUCCAAGAGUCUUCUUCUUGAAGCUUGUCUACGUGCUCCUGGUUUCACGGGUGGCCUGUCAAAUGCAUCACCAUGGGCAAGUGCCAGACAACUGGCAAGACUUGGAUGCUUGUUGGGUGUUCAGGAAUGGAUUGUUCCUCUGACAGAGUCAUUUAUAUUUCCAGCAGAAAUUGUGACCGUGACAAGGCCACGGCAGCCAGAAUUUCGAGAUGAGCUACAGGAAGGCGAUGACAUAGAAGAAGAAAUGGAGGAUGAAUCCGAGACUGAUGAAGUAUCUGAUUCAGCAUCAUUCCUGUCCGAUGAUCAGGAUGAUGUUCCUGAUGUACAACCAGAUCUUGGCACAAAAGAUGAUAUAGCAGAAAAACAGGUAUCAGAAGAGACCUCCAGUGAAGAAGAGACAGGUGAAAGUGAUUAUGAUGAUGAUGAUGACGAUAGUGCUGACAACAACGAGGACGAGGAAGAAGAAGAGAACAAAGAAGAGAGUACAGCAGAAAGCAAGCAAGAUACUGAAGAAGAGGCUUCCAAAAAUCAAGAUGGAGUUCUUGAUUCAGAAAAGACGACACAAGAGGAUCUGUGCCGCCGAGUGAUAGAACAAAUUCGACGUGAUGAGUUUGGUGUGGGCAUUGAGCUCAGUGAAGAUGGACAGCGCCUCAUGAAGGUUCAGCAAGAGCGUUUGGGUCGAAGUUUGGAUCGCCUGUCACGUGACCUGUACACUAAAGACACCCACUUUGUAUUGGAACUUGUGCAGAAUGCUGAUGAUAACACUUACCCAGAAUCUCUCACUCAGGCAUCUGAUGCACCAACAACCAGACCUACUGGCCCAAACAAAAACUGCCCUUCAGUUAAGUUUGUGAUUGAAGCAGACUGUGUGAAAGUCCUCAACAAUGAGUGUGGCUUUGAAGAAACAAAUGUGCGUGCUUUGUGCGAUGUUGGCCGCAGCACCAAGGGCAAACACAAGUAUGGAUAUAUUGGGCAGAAAGGAAUUGGCUUUAAGUCCGUGUUUCGGGUGACCAAUCGUCCUGAAGUCCACUCAAAUGGCUUCCAUCUGUGUUUUGACAUCAACAGUGGUCCCAUGGGAUACAUUUUGCCUCACUGGUGUGAAGACCUUGAACCGUCCUCUGAGUGGAUGACAAAGAUUGUGCUUCCUUUAAAAGAAACAAAAAUGUGUGAAGCUGGAUCUCUGGCUGCCCGCUUUAAUGACAUUCACCCAUCACUGCUCCUCUUCCUCCAUCGUCUGCGAUACAUUCACAUUGAUAACAAGGUGGAACACACUAGUACUUGGAUGCGACGUCAGGACUUGGGGGACAGUGUGGUGCAGAUUGAACACGGGGAUAAGGAGAUGCACCACUGGCUGGUUGUCAGGAAGCAGCUGGAUGCAUCAGCUAUAUCCCUACAGGCAAAGUCAGGAGUAGAAGUGGAAUCAACAGAAAUUGCUCUAGCCUUCCCACUAGCCAGUAAAACCCAGCGCUUUCAUUCACAGGCCCCUGCAAAGCAGCCAGUUUUUGCCUACCUACCUCUUCGCAGUUAUGGCUUCCGAUUCAUUGUUCAAGGUGACUUUGAUGUGCCAUCCAGUCGAGAGGAUGUUGAUCGUGACAGUUCCUGGAACCAGUGGUUACGGGAUGAGAUUCACACAUUGUUUGUCGAAGCUUUGGAUGUCUUCAGGUCACAUCCAGAGUUUGAAGGACUGGAAUCACUUUGGGCAUACCUUCGCUUUGUUCCCCUGGAAGAUGAGAUUUUAGACUUUUUUCGACCAGUAGCUGCCCGCAUCCUCCAGCAGCUGCGUGCCACCUCUUGCAUACCCAUCUCACUGUCACAAUCUUCAAAAAAAGACCUGGUGCAGUGGAAACUUCCAUCCCAAACUGUCAUGGUGAAAGAUAGUCUCGUACGGGAGGUGAUCUCCCCUGAUCUGCUAGAGCGCCACUUAGGCUUGUACUAUGUACACAAAGAAGCUGUUGACAUGAUGAGUCCAGAACUUGCACGUAGUCUUGGUGUCGAAAGUUUAACCUCGGACCAUCUUGUGCAGAUGGGCAAGUCACUGGCCUUAAGUUGGGGUCAGCAGGUUGACCAAGAGGAAGUGAUUCAGAUUUCUAAGUGGCUGGCUUGCAUCUACCGCAGUCUCGAUGACCUUCAGGAAAAUGCCACUCUGAUAAACAUUUUACAGAGCAUGAACGUUAUUCCCCUGUCUACUGGCAAGCUGGUGUCACUGUGCCAAACAACUGUAUUUCUCAUGCAUGAAAGUGGUCAAGAAGAAGGCACAUUUUCAGGAAAACGAGAUGCGCUGUAUGUACUCCAGCAAGACUUACAAGUGUUGCACAGUGGGCUAGUGAUGACUCCUGAUGCAGAGAUCAACUCCCAGGUGUUUAAGCUGCUGAUGAGGCUGGGUGUUAAGCAGCUGUCACCUAACGACAUCAUUCAUCAUCACAUCCUGCCCAUACUUCAGUCUGAUCGAUGGCAGACUAAGAGUCGUGAUGUGCUGGUCAGCUAUUUGAUGUACCUCAAGCAACAGUACCACAGGGAUCGGUCCCUUGUCAACAUGAACACACUCAGGACUGUCGCCAGAGUCUUGACAAACCAAGGGAUCAAAAACCCAGCAACUGAACCUGUUCACUUUUCUCCAGCAUUCGGCACACAGCUUGACCUACAGAAAGAGCUGCCAGGCUAUGACUGGGUGAUUGUCGACAGCCAGUACUUGCCAUCAAAACCAACACGUGCUGAAGUGCUGGGGUGGCAGGAGUUUUUGGCACAGCUUGGUGUCACUGUAUUUCUGGUUGUGCAGCCUCGCAAGGUUACUUUCACUGCAGACCAGCUGGCAAACACACCCUGGGAUACAUUGAAGGACAUGUGGCCUGCUUCACAAGAUGGCUAUACCAUUGAAGAUUUUGUUUGUGAAGAGUUCCAGCAGCUGGUAUCCAAUAACUCUGCAGAGAAGACUCGCACCAACCAGAUGGCACUACUGUUUUCUCUUUUGGACAAAGCUUGGGACACUCAGUACCAAAAGUUUGCCAACACACAGCUGUACUCCAGUUCAGGAACAUUGCUGAAAGACCAAAUCCCAUCAUCCUUUGCUAUUGCCAUACAAAACGAGCAUUGGGUCCCAUGUGAGGAGAUGGUUGUCACAAUGAUGAAAAGCCAAGUCCAAAUGGAGCAAAGACAGGUGCUGUUGCCACCAUCUGCUGCAUACCUUCCAGAGGCUAGAAUCCGAAACCUUCUGGCUCACACAGUGAAUUACCUGUCCAACCCGAUUUCAUCAGACAGCACCUUCGCACGUUUUCUUAACAUAAAGGCUGAGGUUGAGGUGCAGGUUUUGCGAAAUGCACUUGUCUCAUGGGGCAAACGAACACCCAAGACACCCGACGAGCCAGCCACUUUUGUCUCUUCUCUGCAGCAUCUGAAAAACGUAUAUGGAUACCUCUGUGACAAUCUCACUCCUAAGGAGGCGCAAGAUCUGUUCCACCUUCACCCAGUCAUUUUUGUGCCAGUGGCUUGUGUUGAAGGGAAUGACUUGACCAAAGGCCACAUGCUGGGGCGCGAUGAGGUCUGGUGGCAAGACCCCAGUGGACUUUUCAGCAAAUAUCACAGAGUGUUGGUCGAGUUUUGCUCCCUUUUGGCUAAACGGCGUUCACUCAACCAGCUGUACAGAGAAAUGUCUGACACUCUGCCACGCACAGCUAGACUGCAGUUGGAGCCUCUUCUGGUGGACUAUGCAGAGCUUUUGUCACUCAUGUCUGCUUCCCUUUCAUUACGGGAUGAUGGGGUAUUGGAUGAUGUCCUUGCUAUUUACACCAAGAUCGGCCAUGAUCUCGCUAUGCAGAUUCCACCAAAUUCUAUAGAGUUCUUACAACACCAGGAACAAGUCCAGAAGAUCACGGACAUACUGAAGACUGCAAAGGUUUUGGUCACCAAAGAUCAUACAUGGGUUUCUGUGAAUGACAAACCCAUGCUGGCUGACAGUCCUGAUAUGGAGAAGAUGUUUUCUGGAAAACCAGGUGUCCAUUUUGUGAUCACAGAACUACCAAGAAGGCAAGGGACGCGAAAACCUUUGGGCAGAGACAACCUGUCACGAGUGGAUGACAUUUUGGACUUCUAUGCCCUCUUUGGUUUGCCUCAGCUGAGUGAAGAAGUUGUGAAGGAAGUUAUUGUGAGCAUGUUUAAACCCUGCCCACAGGGGCAGUUACACCUUCGAACCAUUGUGCCUUACCUGCAGCAGUUCUUGGUGUCGCUCUACCCUGCAGUGUACGACGCUCAUGAAAAGGACAACAUAACUGACCGUUUACACAACCUCUUGUUUCUUGCUGACAAAAAGCUGGAGGUCAAGUAUUCUCUGAAGACAUUGACAGACGUGUACGAAAUUAAACCCGAGAAGUGUGUCAUAUCCGGAAGUCAUUUCUAUUUCAAUGAGAAGCAUGUGGAAUCUUUGGUGGAGGUCAACAGAGAAGUGGCCCGCUACUUUAGCAAUGGUGACAAGGACUGCUUCAGAGACCUCAGGAUCUUCCUGACAGACCUACAACCUCUGGUACAUAAGGGGUCCCCAGAGGAAAUUGCACAGGUGCUCAGCACACACAAUGUUGGUCCACUACCUGAGGGAUUUGAGCCAUGGGAAGUUCCAGCUCCUUUUCUACCAGAACCCUCAUCCAAGGCAGCGGCUGUUGCACAGGCGGUACCUGUGGAACAAUUUUCCAAAGGCGAGCAGCCUUCCUCAGAGUCAGUGAAUGAGGAGGGUAACAGAUCUGUGCUGAAAUCAUGGCCUCCACCUGCUCCUGGUGAAGAGAGUGACAAAGGCCGAGGUGUGAAGAAAGCAGCAUCAGAAGGUCGAACAUCUGUGGCUACUGGUGUGUGGCCUCCACCAAAACCUCCUGAGGGAACAAAACUCACCAGCAACUUGCCAUCCAACUUGCACAUGGCUUCUGCAUCAGAUGGCAGCGCAGCUGAAGACAAACAAGCAGCGAGAGAAGAUGGCAGCACACAGACUCGGGGUGAGUUGAGCAGCGUAAGUGUAGCCCAUGGAGGGGCAGCCACGCAGCAAAGAGCACAGUUGGUAAGGGAGGAUCAGGCACCAGAGGCCAGACGUCCAGACCCAACUUUUGCAGGCAAGAGAAAGAGUCAUGAGAUAGAUGGGGAGAUGUCUGAAAGUAAACGACCAGUGCCCAUUGAGAGGGUGGGAGAUGAAACUUCAGCGCCAACAGGAGACCAGGAGGAAGGCACCAGUUCCUCAGGGGCUAAAGAGCAUGAAGGUCAACACAGUCACCAGGCUGGCCAUAGCAGUAACACAGGAAAUGUUCCCAUGGAGAUAGAGCUAAAAAGAGAACCAAGGCUAAGAUUGCAGGUUGCCGGUCAACAUCGCUAUCCACCUUUCAAGCCACGGCCAGACCAGCUACAGAUGCCUAUAUGGACACAGCUGGCCUGUGAGACAGAGUACGAGGAACUUGCUCGUGGUAAAGACCUCAGGAUCCCCGAGACCAUAGAGCUGUCUGACACAUCGGAUCGCUCUUCAGUAGGACGUUGGGGAGAGUUUUUGGUCUAUGACUAUUUGCUGCAGCAGAAGCAAGUAAACAGUGAUAUUUAUGAUGUCAUUUGGGCAAACGAGCAGGCAGAAUCUGGCAAACCCUAUGACUUUGAAAUUAUCUGCACAAGGGAAGAUGAAGCUUUCUCACUGUACAUCGAGGUUAAAGCAACACGGACCAGUUCAAAAGAGGUUUUCGAGAUUUCAGCAAAUGAGGUCAGAUGUGCUUCAGAAAAUGGUGAACGCUAUCAUAUUUAUCGAGUUUUUAAUGCUGGCACUAGAGAGGUACAGCUGGUGAGACUCACAAAUGUGGUGCACAAAAUGGACAGCAAGGAGGUUCGUCUGCUCAUGGUCAUCUGAGCCAGGUGACUAUUUUCACUGUAUUUGCCUCCUCAUACAGCUGGUAAAAUGAAGACGGGUUUGCGUAAACAAGUUGUGCCAUCCAUGCUAGCAUAGUGAUGUGGAGAGUUUAAUGGUUGAGAGAGACUCGUGACAAAGGUCAAGCAGCAGACAGCCUACAAUAUGACAUUUAUCAUGGAACAUGCCUCCAUCAGAAUCUAAAGGAAUUUCAGUGGGACUUUCAGAUUUUUUUUAUAAUACGCAGCUUACAUUUUAAACCUGUUCUGUAGCAUCAUUGUUUUACAGAAACUUGUCAGUUUUGUCUACAUUUUUUAAAGAUUGUACACUGAAGAAUACAAUUAACAGUCAAAGAAGUGAUAAAAUUUGUUUAACUUUUAAGAAACAAUUUUUUAAGUGUUUUAUUCAAGUGGUGUUUUAAUCUAUAAUGUGCCACCAAAACCAUUGACAACCAAGUGUAAGAUUCAAUGUUUAUUGUGUCAAGAUAAAACAGAAAAAAAAAAUAAAAGUGAAAAA